UUGGUUAUUUAAAAAUUUACAUAAAAUACGUUUGUUGAAAUUUCAGUGAACUUCAAGUUACAAGUUUGGCACGGCGCCAUCUCGCGGCAAAAUUAUACCAUAGUCAAAGAAUCAUUAAUACUUGUAAAGUACCUAUGUAGCGACAUUGCUAACAUUUGCUAACAGCAAAUAAAGUAGCUAACUUUAGCUUGCAAGCUAUCUGUUUGCUAGUCAGCUAUUACUUUUGCUGCAUUUACGCAUGGAGCCAAGUACUUCCGGUUUAUCUUCCCCUAAUCCCCUACCGCCAACUCAGGAGGCUAGAAUAGCAGCUUCUGAUGGUAAUAACGGCACGGGCAACAUUUUAACAUCCAAGAAGAGAAAACUGAAUAGCUCCGAGAGGGAAGACAUUGAUUCGAUUUCUCCGCCUCCCUCUAAAAGCAAUAGCCAUUCUUCCUCAUCGCCUUCGGACUGUUCCACUUCUCAUCACAUCAAAAAGAAGUUAAGAUUCGAGGACUCGGUAGAUUUCAUUGGACUGGAUGUGAAAAUGGCUGAGGAGUCUACUUCGUCUGCAUCAUGUUCGAACAAGACUAAAAACGUACUUCUGGCUGCUGGUAUCGGGCAUCAUGCAAAUGGACUGACGAAGACCACAGGUUCUACUACCUUUUCCAACAGCAAACCUGGAGCCGCAAAGAAAUUAGUUAUCAAGAAUUUCAAAGAUAAACCAAAAUUGCCAGAAAACUACACAGAUGAAACCUGGCAGAAACUAAAGGAGGCCGUGGAGGCCAUUCAGAACAGCACUUCUAUCAAGUACAAUCUUGAAGAGCUCUACCAGGCUGUUGAGAAUCUCUGCUCCCAUAAAAUAUCUGCAAAACUCUAUAAACAGCUACGGAUGGUGUGUGAAGACCACAUAAAAGCACAAAUUCAUCAGUUCAGGGAGGAUGCUCUGGACAGUGUUCUUUUCCUGAAGAAGAUAGACAAGUGUUGGCAAGAUCACUGCAGACAAAUGAUCAUGAUUAGAAGUAUUUUUUUGUUUCUGGAUCGAACAUACGUUUUGCAAAACUCAAUGCUGCCCUCAAUUUGGGACAUGGGGCUGGAGUUGUUCAGGUUCUACAUAAUCAGUGACCAAAAGGUCCAGUGCAAGACAAUCGAUGGCAUUCUGCUGCUGAUCGAGAGGGAGCGGAGUGGGGAAGCCAUCGACCGAAGCCUUCUGCGCAGUCUACUGAGCAUGCUCUCUGACCUACAGAUUUAUCAGGACUCAUUCGAGCAGCGCUUCUUGGAGGAGACGAACCGCCUGUACGCUGCAGAGGGACAGAGGCUGAUGCAGGAGAGAGAGGUUCCUGAGUACCUCCACCAUGUUAAUAAACGUUUGGAAGAGGAAGCAGAUCGAGUCAUCACAUACUUAGACCAGAGCACACAAAAACCCCUCAUUGCUACUGUGGAAAAGCAACUGCUCGGUGAACAUCUAACCGCAAUUCUCCAGAAAGGUUUAAACCACCUGCUGGACGGUAACAGAAUCCAGGACCUUUCUCUGCUGUACCAGCUCUUCAGUCGAGUUCGGGGGGGUGUGCAGGCCCUCCUGCAGCAAUGGAUCGAGUACAUCAAGGCCUUUGGAAGUACAAUAGUCAUCAACCCUGAGAAGGAUAAAACCAUGGUGCAAGAGCUGCUGGACUUCAAGGAUAAGGUGGAUCACAUCAUCGACGUCUGUUUCCUGAAGAACGAGAAAUUUGUCAAUGCCAUGAAAGAGGCAUUUGAAACCUUUAUCAACAAAAGGCCAAAUAAACCUGCUGAGCUCAUUGCUAAAUAUGUGGAUUCAAAGCUGAGGGCUGGAAAUAAGGAGGCAACUGAUGAAGAGCUGGAGAAGAUGCUGGACAAAAUCAUGAUCAUUUUCAGAUUCAUAUAUGGCAAAGAUGUUUUUGAGGCCUUCUACAAGAAGGACCUGGCCAAGAGGCUGCUUGUUGGAAAGAGCGCUUCUGUGGAUGCAGAGAAGUCCAUGUUGUCCAAGCUGAAGCACGAAUGCGGAGCAGCCUUCACCAGCAAGCUGGAAGGUAUGUUCAAGGACAUGGAGCUUUCUAAGGACAUCAUGGUUCAGUUUAAACAGUAUAUGCAAUGUCAGAACAUCCCCGGUAACAUUGAGCUGACAGUUAACAUCCUCACUAUGGGUUACUGGCCAACCUACGUGCCUAUGGAAGUUCAUUUGCCUCCAGAGAUGGUCAAACUGCAAGAGAUUUUCAAAACAUUUUACCUAGGGAAGCACAGCGGCAGGAAACUCCAGUGGCAAUCAACACUAGGACACUGUGUGUUGAAAGCUGAAUUCAAGGAGGGCAGAAAAGAGCUUCAGGUUUCACUCUUCCAGACGCUUGUGCUGCUCAUGUUUAAUGAAGGCGAGGAAUUCAGCUUGGAAGACAUAAAACUGGCUACUGGAAUAGAGGACAGUGAGCUUCGGAGGACCUUGCAGUCUCUGGCCUGUGGGAAGGCUCGAGUACUCUCCAAAACACCCAAGAGUAAGGACGUGGAGGAUGGGGACAAGUUCUCCUGCAACGAUGACUUCAAGCACAAGCUCUUCAGGAUAAAAAUAAACCAGAUCCAGAUGAAAGAAACGGUGGAAGAACAAGCCAGCACGACAGAACGAGUGUUCCAGGACCGACAGUACCAGAUUGAUGCAGCCAUUGUCCGAAUCAUGAAAAUGAGAAAGACACUUAGCCAUAAUCUCCUGGUGUCUGAGGUGUACAACCAGCUCAAAUUCCCCGUCAAGCCUGCUGACCUGAAGAAGAGAAUAGAGUCGCUUAUCGACAGGGACUACAUGGAGCGUGAUAAGGAGAACCCCAAUCAGUAUAACUACGUGGCUUAGACAUAGAGUGGGGCUGUCGGCUUCUCCAAGUACCCGGUCUCUUAUCCCAAGCCUCAGUGGAUGUCAGCAUUAUAGUGUCUAACCCAGCAACUGGCAACUGAACGGAUGUGGCUCCCACAGAAUGAGACUUUCUUAGGGGGGGUGGGGUGGGGGGUCAGUUUUCCUGUGGACUGCAUGCCCAUUAAAGAGAAUAUUGCCCGUUUUCAGAUUGUUGGUCUGUGAAACAAGAGUACCCUGGACAAAACAACAAACCAAGCUUUUUUUAAGAAAAGAAAAACUAUUUAUUUUGAAACAUUGAUCUUUGUCCAUUGUAUGUUUAUGGCAAUCUGCUCCUUGUUGUUUUUUUUUUUUUUUUUUUUUUUAAGUCACCUUUAUUUUAAAUCACUGUAUACCCCAUACAAAAGAUCUUUCUAACACUGCUCUUACCACAUGUAAAAAGAAGAAAAAAAAGCAUUCUAAUAAACCUAAGUUCAUCUGUUCUUCUUAGUAGUGUUUUAGAAACCUGUUGGAUGAAUGUUGACAGUAGGAUUUAAAAUAUUUCUGACUCUUGCACAACUACUGAGGUCUGACGAUUACAACGACUGCAAUCUAGCAUCACGUGACCAGGCCACUCACUUUCUUGCGAAAUAAUGGGAUCAUUAUUCAAUAGGAAACUAUUCACUUCGUGCCAAAUAAGACAGCACAUUAUUAGGAUCUGUUUAUGCUGCUAAGUUUUAAAAUCUUUAUUCACGUUGCUUAUUUUUAAUGUUCUCAUCUAUAUCAGUUCUUUGCGUGAUCUGAAAUUUAGUGAUGUCAAAUCACUUGCAUCUCAAGUAUAGAUUAGUUUGACUCUUCCGUUGUAUUAAAAAAGUUAACGCCUUCUUCCCCUUUUUUGUCUCUCCCAAGCCACUUAUUCAUUGUUAUUGGCACAUUGCAUAUUAUGCAUAUAAAAAUGUUUAUAAAUAUGUAGCGGGUUUGACUCAGUUCAUUACAAAUACAUAGCGAAUUUUUCCCUGUGUGAUUCCAUACCAAUUCAGGUGUCUGACAAGCACUGCGUCUCUGCAGAUUUAGGAUUUCUGAGGUUGUUUGUGUGACUGUCAUGCUGUCAUUGAACUACUGUCUUUGUGUUUGAAUGCAUAAGCAUUUAUUUUUAUUUGCCACAUAUUAAAGAAAGUGUGAAUCUCUGC